AAGUUGAGGUUUUCAAAACAUUUUGACGAACUUGCAAUUAUCUUUGGAUAUAACAAUUUUCAGGACUGGCUAUUUGCAUAGGCGAUCAUUUAAUUGAAACAAUAACGAUUUAAUAACUAUAAAAAUGAUUCAUAUGUCAUUUCCGCUAUGUCAGUUUUCAUUUUUAUAAAAAGAACCCUAUCUACCAGGAAGUUGAAGGUACCGAAACAUUUUAUUCAAAGGAAAUGAGGUAACAGUCUUUCUUCUUUAUGCAGUCAUGAUGAGGAACAUCUAUUUGAUAUGCUUGACUGUGGCUUUAUCUUCAUUUCUCGUUAAAGGAUUCGCAAGCAGGGUAAAAUCAACACUUCGUAAACUAGGACAAUAUGAUGGUAUUCCAGACUGCUAUAGGGUCGGACUUCAAAAGGCAGAGACGUUGAGAGAUAGUUUAGAUACUUUACGAAGCAGGGACGCAUUUUUUGCGGUUAUUCUGAUUAAUAUGUAUUCUAACCCAAAUUGUUAUCUCUUUAUAAAAAGACAAGGUGGACUUUUCAAUGAGAAAUUAAAUAAAGAGAUACAAAACAAUUAUCCGAGAGACGCAAACUCUAGGCUAUGGAUACAGGUUGGAAAUCUUGUGAAUAAAGCAAUUGAGCUUCUGGGGAUGAAAACAUACCAAGUGGUUUAUCGCGGCUGUUUGCACAAUCCUGACCUGUCUCGGUCCGAAUUUAGUUUUCGGAGAAUAACGAGCACAUCCAUGAACCCCCAGGUCGCAGACUUCUACACCGGUUGCGAAACUUUUAUAAUGAUUGAAGAUGCUCGUGGUUUAGAUAUGCAUAGAUAUUCUCAGAUCCCAGACGAAGCUGAAAUUAUUCUGCAGUCCACAAACAUCUAUUUAAUUGAAGAAUACACAAGAAAUAAAACAGAAAUACGGGAAAAACUUGAAAAAGUAUUGCCAGGAAUGCAACAGGUGAAACUGUUUGUUCGUUUACGCCAAAUACAUCGGAGAAAUUUUAUUUCUCGCCUAAUAGGAAACAUACUUAGGACAUCACAGUAACUUCAGUAGUUUGCUUGAGUCAAUAUAUAUAUGACUUGAAAUUGAACAAAGUUACACAGUAUACUGUGUACCUGCCAUGGCAAUGAAAAUAAAAUAUUUUUUGAAAAAGGAGUUUACCACUAAUUUAGAAUGUGACAUGUCAGUAAAGUAUUAGUGAUUCCAACAUUUUUUUUUUCAUUUCUCUUUUUAGAAAUUAUUACGUUUAUAUAUCGAGAUCCGGAAUUUAGAAUGCAGAAAGACACAAUAACAAGCUUAAAAGAAUCAGUCAUCACCAUCCAGCAGUGCAGUAUCUACCUUACACAUAAUAUGGCACGCUAA